UUUCUUAUUUUUCCCUUCAGUGUCCUCCUCAUGCAGACACACUCUCUCUCUCUCUCUCUCUCUCUCUCUCUCUCCUCUCUCUCUCCCCCUCCCCUUACUAUCAGCUGACAGUCCUUCUCUCCUCCUCUCCAUGCUGUCAGCUGCUUUCCUGGAACACAGUUUUCAGUUUUCUUUCAGACAAUUUGUUUUGUGCUUAUCUGUUUGCCACAUUGCUCUCAGAGGAACAUCCUGCUCUUGUCUUUAGUCUGUCGCCUUAUUUUACAGUUUCCUAUUUCAAGCCCUUUCUAAGAUCUCUCCUGCCAGACAAUGUCUGAUGCUGCUAGUCUCAGGAAAAAUUUGCAAUGUAGCAUUUGUCUGGAUUUGUACUUGGACCCUCUAUCCCUUAUAUGCGGGCACAGUUACUGUCAGAAAUGUAUUCAUGAGCACUGGGACAAUGAAGAGCUCCAACAGAUACCCUUUACCUGUCCUGAUUGUAGGUCUUCCUUUACGGCGCGUCCAGAACCAUGUAAAAAUGUCAGUCUCUCCAUGGUGGUGGAAGUACUAAGAGAGCAGAAACAGAGAAGUUUUUCAACCCCAGAAGAAGGUAGCCACAAUGUUUCAAAUGCGCUAUGUCAGAGGCACAAUGAAGAACUGAUUUAUUACUGCCGCACAGAAAAUCGCUGCACCUGCGGCACAUGCAUGUUAAGGAGCUGCCGCACUCAUGACGUAGAGAGAAUUAAGAUACAAAGUAAGCAAGAGAAGGUGAAACUCGCAAACAAUCUGCUUGCCAAUGACUGCCAGCAGAAGUCCAUAGAAGAACAAAUUGAGGAAUGGACGCUGAAAACACAGGACAGUAAGGAAUUUCAUGAUAAACUAAUUUCUGGAAUAUGUACUAAAUUUUGCCAAGUGCAAAAAGCAUUGGAAGCGUGUCAAACACUUGUCAUAGAGUCUGUGAAGUGUGAAGAGCAAGCAGCGAUGGAACAGGCAUCGGAUCAUCUGAUGCUUCUGCAGAGACACCUGGGGGAACUAAAGAAGCAUCGUGUGGAGGCAGAACAGCUACUACAGGACACUGAUACUGCAUUUCUACAGGGUCUUCCUCUCCUGGUUCCUGUUGCGUGUGCUCCAGUAUCACCAAAUAUCCGGCAGUGUGGGACCUUGCAAAUGGAUGCAGUAAAUAGGGUUCUGCCUGAAAUCACAAGGCUACUUCAGGAUGAAUUGCCAAAUGCAUUGCACCCUGAGAUAUUACAAGAAGAAAAUAAAGAGACCUCAAGAACGUCUAGUGGUUUUCUCACAAAUUCCACCAGUGGUGCAGCAGAAACCUCAAGGACAUCUAGAAAACUGAAAGCUGAGCCAUGUAGAGCUCCUGCAAACAUGAGUGAAUGCAGAGUAAGGUUUUAUAAAGAUUAUCGUAACCUCACAUUUGACCCUGAGACGGCCCAUAAAUACAUUCAGUUAUCACACCAGGACUGCAGGGCCUCUCACAGAACACGUCCCCAGAAGAAUUCUGUUCCGGAGUCCUCAAAGCGGUUUCAGAGCUGGCAGGUUAUGUGCACUGAAGGAUUCUCUGAGGGAAGUCACUACUGGGAGUUGGAGUUAUCAACUUUCUUUGUGGAAUUAGGAGUAGCUUAUGGCUCUUUAAAGCGUACCCCGGAAAUAGAGAACUUAAUUGGACGGAACAGCUAUUCAUGGAGCCUACAAGUACGGAGCAUGAUGAUGCACCACUCAGUUUGGCAUAAUAACAAAGAAAGUAAGCUGCAUGCUCCACAAUAUAAAAAGAUUGGAGUUCAUCUAAACUGCACAGCUGGCAGUCUAACCUUUUAUGGCAUUAGAGAGGGCAGUCUGGAGUGCCUACAUAGCUUCUCCUGCCUUUUCUCUGAGAAGGUGUACCCAGUAUUUUGGAUUGGAGAAGACGCAAGUGUCACACUCCAACAUAACCAAGAUAGUCCAAUGGAUGACGUACUGUAGCAUUACUAAUCGAUAAGAUUUUGCAAACUAAAGGUGCAUACACACAGUCUUCGAUUUUGGCUACCUUCGAUUUUGGACUAUGCAAUAUUGACUGUGUGCUUGCAAUAUUGGCUAUGUGCGAUUUUGGCUACGGCCAAUUUUGACUAUACUUUAGUACUAGAUAGUCAAGAUUUACUUGCCUGCACCGUCUAUCUAGCCUUGCGAUACCGACCCCGCAGGACUGCGCAUCAGGAUCGCAAGGUGGGUAACAUCUUGCGAUUUGCACUAACUUUCCUUGCGAUUUUGACUAUAUAGUCAAAAUCGCAAGGAUAAAUCUCACCGUGUGUAUGCACCUUAAUACAGUCGUGAAGAAAACUUAAACUGAUGUAGAAUGUUGUGGUGUCCUGUUGUGCUGAUCUACAGUUUCCAGAGCUUGUAGAAGAAAAAUGAUUUCUAUAAAAUACUCAACAUUUACAACAACCUUCAGAAUAGAGGGCAGUAAAGCACAUUCCUCUUUAUUGCUCUGAUGAAGAGCAUUAUCUAACUUACUGACUGUAAUUACUAAAUUAAAGAUUUGUGCAAGUAUAAAAUUCUAAAAUACAGCCUAUUUUCUUUUCUCUGACGUCCUAAGUGGAUGCUGGGGACUCCGUCAGGACCAUGGGGAAUA